ACCUUCAGACAGUUCACGUUUUAUCCAGAGCCUGUGGUAGCAUGUCCCAGGCGAAGCCACAGGUGAUUGAGAGGCGAAGAGUGUCAUCGAAGACUGCCGGAACCGGAGAGCACAGUCUCUAAAUAUUAAGUCAAUUUUAAUUCUUUAUACCAAAUGAACAUAAGCACGGAUAUGUGACAGAACUGAACGUUAAAAGGGUUCCAUCUAUACGAAGAGGAGAGUGAAUGGAGCGGUGUGGUCCCAUUAUGAAAGACAAUGGGGUGUCACUGUGCCAAAUGGAGCACCUGCCCUGCCCCUGUGUCCCGCUGCACCCCUCUAGCACGGCUGGGUGCCGCCAACAGGCCAACGGACACCACCACCCCUACCAUCACAACCUACAGCCCUGGGUCAGCCGACCAGGCCCCGGGCCGAACCCGCCUCCGGCCGCCCGGCAGAGGGCCAACGGGGUGGUAGGCGCUUGGUGCAGCAGCCCAGAGUGUGCAACAUCCCAGCUGGAAGAAGUGACUGACCGGGCUUUGAGACGGGCAGGGACGGGGACAGGCAGGGUGCUGGUGACUGGGGGAGCAGGAUAUUUCGGGCUGAGACUGGGCAGAGCGCUGGCCAGCCGGGGAGUGUCUGUGGUGCUGUUGGACCUCUACAAACCAUCUUGGGAUGCUGUGGAUGGCACGUCUGUGGUCUUCUAUCAGAGCGACAUCCGGGACUAUGACUCCCUUUACACGGUCUGUGAGGGAGUCGACUGUAUAUUCCACACUGCUUCCUAUGGGAUGUCAGGCCCAGAACAGUUGAGGAAAGAGGAGGUGGAGUCAGUCAAUGUUGGAGGGACAAAGAAUGUCAUUAAGGUGUGUGUGGAGAGGGGCAUUUCCCGCCUGGUCUAUACCAGUACAGUUAAUGUAUCCUUUGCUGGUAAACCCAUAGAGGAUGGAGAUGAGGACUCUGUGCCCUGUGUACCACUGGACAUGCACAUAGACCACUACUCCAGGACCAAAUCCAUCGCUGACCAGAUGAUUCUAACAGCCAACGGACGCUCGAUCCAAGGUGGGGGCCUCUUGCGGACCUGUGUUCUGCGACCCUCUGGCAUCUACGGGCCAGAAGAGAGACGACACCUGCACAGGGUUAUGGUCAAUGUGGAGAGCAGGUUGUUCAGUUUCAGCUUUGGGAACCCCCAAGCCAAGAUGAACUGGGUCCAUGUAGAUAACCUGGUGUUGGCCCAUGUACUGGCUGCUGAAAGCCUCACAGCCAAGAGAAAUUGUGUGGCUAGUGGACAGGCCUACUUCAUCAACGACGGGGAAUCAGUCAACCUGUUUGAAUGGUUAACACCGCUGUUUGAAAAGCUGGGGUACAGCCGACCAUUGAUUCACCUGCCUGUAUCACUGGUCUACUCAGCAGCCAUUCUGAUGGAAUGUUUACACCUGGCGCUGAAGCCUGUAGUGGAGAUCCCUCUGCUCUUUACCAGAAAUGAGGUGAGGAACAUUGCAGUGAGCCACACCUUCAAGAUCGAGAAAGCCCGUCGAGACCUGGGCUUCUGCCCAAGACGCUACAAUCUGGGGGACUCAGUGGACCAGUACAUACAGUCCCGAGCCUCCUUCUCCAGGCCCUCCCUCCUGAGCCCCCCUAGGACUGCUCCCCUGUCCCUGAUCCUCCUGAUGGUGGUGGGGUUCAGCCUAGCUGUUCUGCUGCUCUGCUCCUGGUGCACUGUAAACACUGUAAAGCUACUGUAGCUACAUAAAUAAAAUAAAAAUGCAGGAAGACCUACCCUUAAUCAUAACACAACUAAUACAUUCAGUAAGACUUUUUAUUUGUUAGCUGUCUUUCAGAACAGCUAUGGUUUGCCUGAAGUCAAGUAGUAAUGAUACAAGGUCUGCUUGAUGCAUUUCCAGAUGCUCAUGGAAGACCUCAAUACUAUGUAAUAAGUACAACCUGUUGAAAGAUUCUUUUGAAAAUGAUAUUACCUUCCCUAGGGUGUAGUGUCUUUUCUGGGUUGAUUUUUUGAAGAAACAGGUUCUUGCACCUGCCCAUAAUAUAAAAUAAUCCUACACCUAGUAUACAACUUAAUUAUCUUUUGACUACUGGUUUUGGGUAUGUGAUCAAGUCUGUGUAAGUCUGUAAGUGGAUCGUACCAGACUGUUUUAAAAUAAUUACAAGGCUGCAUGGUAUGCCUUUCUGUGAUAUCAGAAAUUAAGUAUUAAGUAUUUUAUUGUGAAAGGGAUUAUGUAUUCAUCUAAAUGUAUAAAAAAUGCUUGUUUUGAGCUAUCAAACAAUAAAACGUAAUCUGCAGAGAAACAUUAACUCGACAGAUUAAGCCUUGUCUAGGACAAUAAAACUCAAAAUAAUUAGCCCUAGACUAAACUUAACCUGUGUCUGUGAAACUGGCCCUAAUGGCUCAAAUUCAUACUGGAAUAUUUAAGCAGUAGAACUAUUUUCCAUUGUCAAAUUUACCCACAGAUGGUUUUGGGCAGGCUACUACUCUGAUACUUCCAGUGCAACACCCUUCACAGGCAUGCUUUAAUUUGGUAGAAUUAUAAGUGUAAGGGCACCAAAGGGAUAUGAUAAAUACUUCUUUAUUCCCAUAUUCUUUGGCCAAGGUGCAUAGUCUUAACUAAUUACAAUAUUCAUCCUAUGCCCAGUGUCAGGAAGUCUGUUUUCGUACAAUGCCCAAGACCAGCUUGUCAGUUAAUUUGACCAUGGGAAAUACUGUUAGGAAAUACAAUUAUGCAGGUUUGU